AUGGAAUCGAAAAAUAAAGAGACCGAAUCUGAUAAUGAAGGCUGUGUAGAAACCUACGAACCAGAUACGCAUUUUGAACCAGUUGUUUCCCUCCCGCUUAUAGACCCUGUUACACUUGAAGAAGAUGAGUCAACAUUGCUUAAAUUUCGAGCCAAAUUAUAUCGAUACGAUAGUGGAGAAACUCCUGCAAUGUGGAAAGAAAGAGGCACUGGCGAUGUUAAAAUUUUGCUCCAUAAUAUUAAGAAAACAGCUCGUAUAGUUAUGCGUAGAGAUAAAACAUUGAAAAUAUGCGCGAAUCAUUUUAUAACUUCAGAUAUGAAAUUAUGUAAACCAAGUACAAAUAAGAAGAAGAAUUGGUGGAUAUGGACCGCAGCAACGGAUUUUGCAGAUGAAAUUGCCAAAUCUGAAAUAUUUGCUAUCAAAUUUUCAAACGAAGAAAAUGCUAAUUUAUGGAAAGAGAAAUUCAUAGAAGCUCAAGAAAUACUUCAAGAGGAGUCAACUUUCAAUAAAGAAAAUGAGAAAAAUUCUAGUUCCUCUGAGUCUUUUGAUGAAAACUCGCCCGUCAAAAAACGACUUGAAAAAGAAUCGACCGAGGUAUCCGAAUCUCUGGAUAAAUUAAAGUUAAGCAAGUGAUUUGUUCAAAUACUUUGUGUGUUUUUUUUUAAAAGAAAUUUAUUAAGUAUAGGUAUGUAAUAACAGAUUCUCAACUACUUGCUAUUUUUUUAUCGAUCUUCUUAAUUAAUACCGUAUUUUAAAAAUUUGUAUCAUAAAAUAAAAACAUUUAUGAAUUACGUA